GGCUGUCGCUGCAGCUUCUGUGUGUCGCGGUUCUGAUCCAUAAACCUUCAAUUACACCCAGAUUUCUGAUAUUUUAUUAACCGGAGGAUUAUUAAGAACAGAACAGGACUCCAGCACGGGGACUAAAGUUGUGCGGAGUGGCAGAGUCGCGGCGGGGGCGGAGCCAACAGUGAUUGACGUUGAUGACGGUGCUCUGACCCGGGAGCAUCAUGUGACCCCCCCCGCAGGGAUCUGGAAUGUUCCAUAACACCCAGCGCUGUAGACGCCGGUGAGGUUCCGCCGGACGGGACAUGUCUGAGAACAGGAGACCGUCGCUGCCUGGCGCUGGGGCUGGCAGAGGCUCCGCCCAUCCACUGGCGAUCUUCACGGUGCCCCCGUACCCUUACUUCGUCCGUCAUGUGUUAGGGAGGACGUCUCCGCCCACCCUGCCUGCGCUUCCUGUGAGCGGGUACAGCACGCCGUCUCCUGCCGCGGUGGACACUCAGAGCUCCAGUUCGGAGGACAUCGUACCCAGUCCCCCGACCCCGCCCCCUCCACCGCGGGUCUACAAGCCCUGCUUCGUCUGUCAGGACAAGUCGUCGGGGUAUCACUACGGAGUCAGCGCCUGCGAGGGAUGCAAGGGCUUCUUCAGACGGAGCAUCCAGAAGAACAUGAUCUACACCUGCCACCACGAGAAGAGCUGCAUCAUCAACAAGGUGACGCGCAACCGCUGCCAGUACUGCCGCCUGCAGAAGUGCCUGGAAGUGGGCAUGUCCAAAGAAUCUGUGCGGAACGACAGGAACAAGAAGAAGAAGGAGGAGAAGAAGCCGGAGAGUCCGGAGAGCUACGUGCUGAGUCCCGACACCGAGCAGAUGAUCGAGCGAGUGAGGAAAGCUCAUCAUGACACGUUUCCAUCGCUGUGCCAGCUGGGCAAAUACACCACGAGUAACAGCGCGGAACAGCGAGUCUCCCUGGACGUGGAUCUGUGGGAUAAAUUCAGUGAACUUUCCACCAAGUGCAUCAUCAAGACGGUGGAGUUCGCCAAGCAGCUGCCCGGUUUCACCACCCUGACCAUCGCCGACCAGAUCACGCUGCUCAAAGCCGCCUGCCUGGACAUCCUGAUUCUGCGGAUCUGCACGCGGUACACGCCCGACCAGGACACCAUGACGUUCUCCGACGGCCUGACGCUCAACCGCACGCAGAUGCACAACGCCGGCUUCGGGCCGCUCACCGACCUGGUGUUCGCCUUCGCCAAUCAGCUGCUCCCGCUGGAGAUGGACGACGCCGAGACCGGUCUGCUCAGCGCCAUCUGUCUGCUGUGUGGAGACCGUCAGGACCUGGAGCAGUCGGAUAAGGUGGACCUGCUGCAGGAGCCGCUGCUGGAGGCGCUGAAGAUCUACGUGAGGAGGAGGAGGCCCCAUAAACCUCACAUGUUCCCCAAGAUGCUGAUGAAGAUCACGGACCUCAGGAGCAUCAGCUCUAAAGGUGCCGAGCGGGUGAUCACACUGAAGAUGGAGAUCCCGGGCGCCAUGCCCCCCCUCAUCCAAGAAAUGCUGGAGAAUUCGGAGGGGAUGGACAGCGGCGGCGCCAACCCUCCGGGAAGCUGCAGCCCGAGCCUCUCGCCCAGCUCUGUACCCAGCAGCCCGUCGACGCAGUCGCCCUGAGCACGUCCCACACACACACACACACAUACACACACUCGCAAAGUACAGCGCCCUCGCCCCGACUCAGGAAACACACGCACGCCUCCGGACCCCACGGCCUCGGGGAAGCGAUGCGGGACGACAGGACUGGAGUUCCUCUGUGGAACCAGCGUGGCACCUGAUGGGCGGCAGGGCGGCGACCCGCUCUCCGGAGAAGGAGGCGCGAGGCGUGGCGGAGGAGUGUUCUCCUCAAGGACUCGUCUAGGAUCCUGUAGGACCGCCGAGAGCCGACAACAGACACGAUGCGUCCGGUUACGACCGCGUCAGGGACACGUUUUUAUUUUCAUAUACGAACGCUUGAUCUUCUGUUGACAGUAAAUGAGAAAUGAUUCAACGGUUUAUGGAUCUGAUGACUCAGAAUAAGAAAAAAAAAUCACAGUUUCGUCGUUUCACUUCUCUGAUCUGACUGUAGUCCGGUUCUGCCCGCUGUACCCGUCUUCCCUGUAUAAAAAAAUUAAGGUUGUGACGCUUGUACUGUAAAAAAAAGAGAGGAAAUCACACUGUUCACAUCGCGAGCGCUCACACUUCACACUUCACACUGCAGUUAAAAACCACACGCAUGAAAAUCACACCGGGUUUUAAUCAGAACUUUGCGCUGGUCGUGCCAGCGCUCAUGCCCACGUGGUAAUACAAAAAAUAAAGAAGCGAAACCUCUCAUAGGCUUCAUCUUUACUGGCAAAUAAAAACAAACUUCCUUUUUUCUUCUUUUUCUCAGAUUUCCCCCCCUAAUUAUCUCCCUAAUCUAGUCGUUACGCUUCACCUCUGCUGAUACAGCCCUCCACUGCUGACUGACUGAGAAGCUUCACAACCGACACACGCCCCCUCCGACACGUGUGCAGUACCGACUGCCUCUUUUCACCCGCACAAGGCGAGUUCAUAUGCAGAUCAGCUUUGUGCACGCAGAGACACACCCUGAUCAGCAUAAUUCCUCGCACAACCGGCCAGCAGUGGUCGUAAUUGCACCAGUUAUGAGUUAUGGUCCGGCUCAUCCCAUCCCCGAACAGCAGCCAAACGUUGUUCAUGUAGCCGAUGGCAGAGCUGAGAUUCGAUACGAUGUAUUCGAGAUCCCAGCUCUGGUGCGCUAGUGUAUUUUACCCCUGCGGCCUACAAACUACCUUUUUAACCAUCUUUAUACUUCCAGCCGACAUGUGACACACUGAGAAGAGCUCCACACUAAGCUGGACCGUUGCGCCGAUUGACUAUCAAAUCAAAAAGAACUGAAGUUUCAUGUUUAUUCGCAUCGACCUUUAUUUGUAUCCACCGGUCAGGGUUUAGGUGGGCCGACAAAUCCAUCGCAAGGUUCAGACAAACAAAUAAAAUUUCAGUGUAGAGGCCCGGUCGGCUGGUAUCACCUCUGAGAUUUGAGCCCAGGUCCCAGCGGCGGCUGUCUUGAGCAGGGCUCCACCUCGUGGGCAAAGCUCCAGCCUGAGAGGUGUAGCGUGUUCCUCCGUACAUGUUAAAUCUUUCUGUUCUCUCAAAACAUCCUCCGCUGGCCCAUGAUCAGACCAUAAAGCUCUGCAAGUAAUAAUAAUUUUCACCUGAGAAGCGAAUCAGGAGCAAACGAUUGAGAGAGCCACGACAUAGUGAAGUCUAAAUAUCUAGAUCUGUAUACAGUAGCAUACUGGCUAAUGAGAUUAAUUAGGAUUUAAUAGCAUUACUUACCAGCUUGUGUGCAGGUAUCCAAGUAAAACGCAGAAUCUGAUUGAAUUUAUUAUUAAUCUACGAUAAUUCCUGAACGCCGAAAUCCCUGAUUGGUUCAUUCAGGAUGUAAACAAAUAUUAGUUUUGCUGGCUCACUUUGUCACCACUGAUUUUUACAUUACGCAGCUUUAAUAGCAUGAAUCUGACUACUGAAACAUCCCAGACUAAUGAACCCUCUUUGAUACACAACCUCAAAACUGCCUCGUCUUCCUCACUCAGCGCCACCUACAACCUCACUGCCUCUGUAAGACAAUCACUUCUGCUGUAGCUCCGACGGUACCUUGACGACCUGGACUGAGUAAAUCUUAAAUACGCUGCGCUCCAGUGCUCCGGUGUUUGGUUGUGCCCUGGGCGGCUUCGCUCGAGCGUGAGGCGUGUCCCGAACUUUUAACGUUCUUCCAUCGGUCAGAAGUGAUCUGAACGUCCUGCUGAAACCAGCUCAGCGCUGUGAGAACCGCUGUUCACUGUAAAGCAUUAAAGAUUCACUGAAAAUACUACAAAACCCGCUCUCUUCUGAGGUAGAGUAGCAGCUCACGCCGGUCACGGGGUCCGAAAAAAUAGUUCUUCUCUUUAUUGAACCUCACGAUGGAGCCGUUCAGGGCACAGACACUGUGCUGGAAAAAAAUAAUGGAGAAAAAUAAUCGAGCACGUGUGUAAGAGUACCUCACGCUUUCGAUCUAGUCAUUUCCGAUUCCCCUGUGUGAACCUGCUGCUGCCUGCACGACCCCCCGUCUGAUCAGGGCGACUCGACCCGGGUCACCACAAGUGUCCAAUCUGCCACCACUUCUUAUCACCUGCCAGUGUUGGGUUCCAAACAGAGCCACGCUACGCUACAGUCCAUGUGACUCAGCCAGUCCUGGGGAUCGCAUAUGUGUUUAUGGGGCGCCCGGUCGGGUCGGCGGCUCUGCUGAGACCGGAGCCCAGAAUCUUGAGUUGGAACCCUCAAACACUGUAACCGUGUGGACCACGGAAUAAAUAAAGCUGGGACACAGCAUGAGAGAUAAAAUACCCGAACACCAGACUGAGUCUGAUCCAGGAACGGGAGGACGGGGCGAGGUUCUGCUCACGCUCCCAAAUCCUGCACCACAGAGCUUCCCACCAAUCCACCUCCUGACUGUAUGUGUGUUAGUGUGUCAUUACUGUACCCGUGUGCAAUACCUCGUCCCACUUCUUCAGUUUCAUCUCGACUAUGCACGCCAUUGCACAGAAACUCGGGUUCCUCUGAGCUUCCGCCGCCACUCGGCAACCUGGUUGUGUUUGGUAAAGAUACGAUGAUGAUGAUGAUGUGAGAGAACUGAACUUUAGAUACUGCCCAAAAUGUUCACUGCCAAUGAGCCGCCACGUUUCAAACCUCACACGCACACACACACUCACACACACCCAUCUGUACUGCUAUAACUGGUAUAACGCACAAUGAAUGUUUCUCAUGUGAACUGGAUGAUGAGAAGUUCCUUUAAUAAAUCUGAUGUUUUGUGUG